GGUCGGCCGCAUGAAGAUUGAGCUGUUCGCCGACGUUGUACCCAAAACGGCAGAGAACUUCAGGCAGUUUUGUACGGGUGAAUUCAGGAAAGACGGUGUCCCUAUAGGUUAUAAAGGAAGCACUUUCCACAGGGUAAUAAAGGAUUUCAUGAUCCAAGGAGGUGACUUUGUAAACGGAGACGGCACUGGAGUAGCCAGUAUAUAUAGGGGUCCUUUUGCAGAUGAAAACUUCAAGCUGAAGCACUCUGCUCCUGGGCUGCUCUCUAUGGCAAACAGUGGUCCAAGUACCAACGGCUGUCAGUUUUUCAUUACGUGCUCCAAAUGCGACUGGUUGGAUGGAAAACACGUUGUGUUUGGUAAAAUUGUCGAUGGGCUGUUGGUGAUGAGAAAAAUUGAAAACGUGCCUACGGGUCCAAAUAACAAACCCAAGCUGCCAGUUGUGAUCUCUCAGUGUGGGGAAAUGUAAAGCAAUGAAACAGAAAUGUGUCUGCAGAGAGCUGACUCAGUUCAGUGAAACGCCAGAAGAUGCUUCUCUAACAGCGUUAGUUUUUUGCCAGCUCAACUCCCUGAACUGGCUUCCCUCCGAGCUACACAGGCAUCAAAGGCAGCGCUAGAGGGAUAAGAUUUCGCAGCUGCGA